GCAAGUCUUUCUCUUUCUUCUCUCUCUUUCUUUCUCUCCCUUUCUCUAAAGCAAACAGAAAACUCCUGAGUCUAAAACUCGAAAUUAAAUCAUUCACGUCAUUUAUAAAGUCCAAUCGUCGUUUUUGCAAAAUCGCCAUAUCCAUUUCCCUUCCUCCAAGCUUUCGACCUUUCGAUUCCAGAGAGCUAUUCGCUUUGCAACUCUAAAUCUCCCAUGGAAGAAGAACCUUCAGCUUCAUCCAAGAGUACGACUAUGGAGAAACUGAAGCUAGCAGGGGCUUGGGCGGGUGUUUUGGAAGUCGAACUUAACCUUUGGACGGUACCUAUGUUGAGAGAAGAGGUCGCGAAGCGAUCGGAUUGCGGACCCGAUUCUAUCAAAUUGAUUUGCGCUGGUAAGGUCUUGAAAGAUGGAGAAGGGAAUGAGAAAUUAUGCGACUUGGGCAUCAAGAACAAUGCCAGGAUUCUAGCAACCAAAAUUCUUUCGGGUGAGGCUUCCGUUGUUCAUGGUAAGUCUUUGAAGGAUGAAUUUAUGGCCGAGGAGGAGCGUUCUCAACGACUUUCUCGAAUUAUGGCUGCAGCAGUUGCCUUGGCCAACAGGAACCUGGAUGGUUCUUUACCAGUGGACGACUUCAACAUUGAACUUGAAGACCAGAGUGGACAGAAAGUGAAUUUGGGAACUGAGACUGAUCAACGGGGACUGAUGAUGGGUAUGAUGCUUCAUACAAAUGCCAAACAGCUCAUAAAAAAACAAAAAUACAAAGAUGCAUUAGAUGUGCUUGCCAUAGGAGAGGAGGCUUUUUCUCUCUGUGAUCCAAAGGUGAUUGAGAUGAUUGAUAAUGUCCCAAUACUCCAAAUAGACACAGUGUGGUGUUAUUUUAUGCUCAGAGACAUCUCAUGGCUCUCAAUGGCGGGAGUACGCCUUGCAAAAGCUAGAGAAGGACUUGAACGUGCACAUGGGAAAGACUCCAGCCGUGUUAGGCUUCUUCAACAAGGUUAUCAUCCAGAGAUUCCUCUGUAUCUACGACUAGAGCUCUUAGAAGGUGUGGUUGCUUAUCACAGUAACCAGUUUGAUAAAUCUCGAAAGGCGUUGACCUCUGCACAAGCUAAAUACCUCCAGGUUUCUUGGUCUUUAUUAACUAUAUUAGGCUUUAUUCACUAGAGAUGUAUCACAUAUGUCU